AUGUCAUUGCAAGUGAACUUGUCUAGUAGAGACAUCAGUGACGCGUAUCAGAGGGUCGUCGCUGGGAGGGACAUAGAUUGGGCACUUUUAACAUAUGAAAAGGGUGGAAACGAUUUAAAAGUUCAAUCUACUGGCGAUGGUGGACUUGAGGAACUGGUCGAGGAGUUCUCCGAUGGCAGGAUCCAGUAUGCAUUUGCAAGAGUUAUCGACCCUAAUAGCAAUUUGCCCAAAUUCGUUCAAAUCAACUGGUGUGGUGACGGGGUUCCGGAAGUGAAGAAAGGUCUAUUCCAUUCGCACUCAAGUGCUGUAGCCAAAUUUCUACGAGGAACUCACGUCGUCAUCAAUGCUCGUAACGAGGCGGACGUUGCUCCACCAGUGAUCAUGAAACGGGUCGAAGCAGCUUCUGGAGCCAAGUAUUCCGCUCACAAUGAGCAGGCGCGCAAAUUUGAGCCGAUCGCACCUGUUGGGACAAACUACACGCCAGUUGGUAGGCCAGAUAUAACAGCAAUGCGAAAGGCGCCUCCUGCGGCAAACCCUUCCGUUACUCCGUCUCAAUCGUUUUCAUCUAGACCGACAGCUGCAGUGUCGGCACCAAAGCCUGCGGUCCCAAGUGCUCCCCGUCCCACUGUCGGUGCUUCGGUGCCAAUUAACCCCAACACUGCUGCAGCAACCAGGGCCCCUGCCGGUGCGUGGGAAGACGCUCCUGCUGCACCUCCGGUUUCUUCUCUUCCUCCCGUAAUAUCAACUGCCCCGAGACCAGCUGUUUCGACAUAUACGCCAUCUACGCGUGCUGUACCGUCUCCGCCUGCCCCGGUCACAUCGUCAAACAUUCCGACGAAGCCUGCGGAAGAUGAUCGGAUUGGUCCUGUGGGGACGGCAUAUACUCCAAUUAAGCUUACCCCUGGAAGACUCAAAAACCCGUUCGAAGGCCGGGUUCAAGAGACACAAACAACGUCCGCCGCGAGGAGUGCUCCUUCCGGAGCGCCCAAGAAGCUUACCUGGAGUGAACGCCAGGCUCUAGCAAAGAAGCAAGCAGAGGAGGAGGAACUACGAAGCAAGGCUGCGUCUUGGAAAUCGUCUACUCCGGCGGCACCUUCUGGACGGUUUGGCCCCCGUGUAGGUGCAGCUGUUAUCGGAGGCGCGGCAGUAGGAGCUGCUGUUUCUGUAGCGGCCAACGAGCCAGAGCCUGAGCCAGAGGAUGAGCCAGCACCCCCUCCUCCGCCUCCUCCGCCUCCGCCCCCGCCUCCCCCACUAGCAGCGCCUGCUCCCCCCUCUGUGCCGCCCCCACCUCCGCCCCCGCCUCCUCCGCCUCCACCGGUUGCCCAAAUGGCUGCUGUUAGCUUGGAGCCAGAACCCGAACCCGAACCCGAACCUCUACCUGUAGACCCCGCGCAAAGUGGUCAAGGUAUUUGUGCAGUUGUACUCUAUGCCUACGAGGCAGCAGAAGACAAUGAACUUAAUCUCAGGGAGGGUGACUUGAUUCAACAAAUUGAAGAAAUUGAUGAGGGAUGGUGGAGUGGCAUAGCUCCCGACGGCAGUGUUAAUUCACGUUUCCCAGCCAACUACGUUGAACUUGUUGCUACACCUGACAAUCAGGAUGCACCACAGGAGGAUGAGUUUGUUCCUCCUCCACCGCCGCCGCCGCCACCACCACCACCCUCCGUCUCAUUACAGUCUGAAGUGCCUCCUGCACCCGUUGCUCCACCCUCACCGCCACCUGCAACAGUGGACGAAGGUGUAGUAGCAAUUGUUAUAUAUGACUAUGAGGCAAGCGAGGACAAUGAAAUAUCGCUCCGCGAAGGUGAGCGAGUUACGGAUAUCGAGGAGGUUGGCGAGGGUUGGUGGCAGGGGCGCAACUCGAGUGGUAAUGUUGGAAUGUUCCCAGGUAGGAAGGUUUCUCCUUACCUCUGUGCUGUCUGGUCUAACCGCUCUUCAUCAGCCAAUUAUGUGGAGUUAGUCGAGUAG